ACGUUCUGUUCCGGGCUGGUGGUCGUUGAAGCUCAUCUUUUCCCUGCUUGUCUCCUGACUGCCCCGGGAGCAGUGCUUCUGUACCUGCUCUGCAUGGCCGGAAGCUACAGGCUGCUGAGCGCCUCAAUAUCCCAGCUGCUGCUGCGGGGCCAGGGCCGGGGAGCCGCACUCUUGUGGAGGGGAAGGAUAGGGCCGGAGAGCUGCGGGGGGCGGGCAGCGAAAGAGUGGGGCCCCGGGCUGGAGAGGAGCAGGCUGGAGAGGGCGUACUGCAGCGGCCAGGGUGUGUACAGCUCGUAUCCCGACGACCCCUACCUUCCUGUACCGGAGUAUGAUCCAAACCCUAUAGCAAAAAAGACAUCCAAGAUGUUCAUAGUGCGGGUUCGAGGGCUGCCCUGGUCUUGCACUGCGGAAGACGUGCUGAACUUUUUUGGUGAUUGCAAUGUACGUAAUGGAGCAGACGGGGUGCACUUCAUUUUUAACAGAGAUGGAAAACCCAGAGGCGAUGCAGUGAUUGAAUUUGAAUCUGCGGAGGACGUGCAGAAAGCUGUGGAGCAGCACAAGAAAUACAUGGGCCAGCGUUAUGUAGAAGUAUUUGAGAUGCAUCAGAAGGAGGCAGAGUCUCUGAUGAACAGGAUGCACUCUGCUCUGUCCCCCACAAGGCCAUCUCCUUUACCCCAGACAGCGCAGUCUUCUGUAGGACCUCCUGCGACCGAUGGAGUCGUGCGACUACGUGGCCUCCCGUACAGCUGCACUGAGCAGGACAUCCAUAACUUCUUUGCAGGGCUGGAUGUCGCAGACGAGGGCAUAACGUUUGUCUUGGAUCAGCGAGGAAGGAAAUCCGGCGAAGCCUUUGUCCAGUUUCUCACGCAGGAGCAGGCGGACCAGGCGCUUCUUAAACAUAAGCAAGAAAUAGGAAGCAGGUACAUUGAGAUCUUUCCAAGCCGAAGAAGUGAAAUUCAGACAGCACGGUUUCCGUUUAGAAGAAGGAAAGGCGUAACGUUUGCUCCCACCAUAAAGGAUCUGUAUGACCCAGACAAUGGUGUAAAUAACGCUAGUAAAGAUAUACUACAUGACGUGGCACCUGAGAACGAUCACAUAAAUGAUUACGUCAAGGACAUGUCUCCAAAAUCACUUGACGUUAAUGACUUCCCCAUUAUGUCUCCGGUCCACGAUAUCCAUAUUCGGGGUCUCCCCUUUCACGCUUCUGGGCAAGAUAUUGCAAAUUUUUUCCACCCAGUGAUGCCUUUGAAGAUCAACAUUGAGUACAGCGCAGAUGCCGGCGGUGCUACCGGGGAAGCGGUUGUGAGAUUUUUAACUCACGAGGAUGCUGUAGCUGCCAUGGCAAAAAACAGAUGCCAUACCCAACAUGGAUAUUUAGAACUUUUUCUGAAUUCAUCUCCAGACAGUAAAUGAAGUCCAAGCUGAAACCUCUGUUGUGCACAUCUGUAUUGAAACGGACAAAGCAAGGAUCUUCUCCACCUUCCCUGGACAUAAGACUGUGCGAUACCCUCUUAAGCAGCCAUUCAACAAAGUUUUUGAUUUGAUUUUAAACAGUCCUGUUAAUUAAUACCCACCUAUUUAUACACUAUUAUUAUAACUAAUACAGAUAAUUGGGUAGCAAGUUCUUCCACCGUUGUGGUUUCCAUGUCAAAUUAUUGAGGGGGGACAAAAAGGAACUUAUUUAUUUUCAUUAAAGUGCCUAAGUUAACACAGAAUGUGACUUGCAAAAUGCUAAUCAAUAAAUCCACGUGCAGAUGAACCCUUUAUAUAAAGAAGAAAAAAAAGGAAUUUAAGAUAAAGUAGAAGGUGGGAUUUAAAAAAAUUCUGGACCCUAAAAAAAAUAUUUAGAUACGGUUUUGUUAUUGUAGAGGACAGUUCGUUGUCAGUCUUCCAGAAUGUGUUCUAUAUCUUACCUAUUAAAAUUGUGGUGGGAUUUUUCCUGGUUCAUUCGAUUUGCCUCGAAUCCUUGAUUUGUUAAACUGAUUUGUGAUUAUAGUUUUUUUUUUUGUUUCGUUUAGGGGCAAAGGUAAAAUAAACAUUACACUUAUCACUGGC